CAAGGUUUGUGCUUUUCUGUUUGUGAUAAUCAUUUUCUCUCGCUCCUUACCACACAGUAGUACACACCAUGUCUGAGGAGAAGAAACACCACUUCUUUCACCGCAAGGAGGAAAAGUCCGAAGAAGAAAUGACUCCUGAAGAUUAUGAGAAAAAAGAGAAACAACACAAGCACUUGGAGCAACUCGGUGGACUAGGUGCUCUAGCUGCUGGUGCUUAUGCUCUGCAUGAGAAGCACCAGGCGAAGAAAGACCCAGAGAAUUCUCACAGCCACAAGAUCAGAGAGGAAGUUGCAGCAGCGGUUGCAGUGGGAGCUGGUGGAUUUGCCUUCCAUGAACAUCAUCAGAAGAAAGAAACUAAGAAAGAAGGAGAGUCAGCUCACGGGAAGCAUUGAAUAAGAUCACAUGUAACCACUUGGAAUCAUAUC